AUGAACCAACAAGAAACAAUUAAGUCUCAAUAUGACUAUGUCCCACAAAACGAGACAAACAACGUCCAGUCGAUAUUCCAAAGUCCCGAACAAACAUUUAAAGAAUUUUUGGGUGAUAUGAACUCAUAUGACUCGUACCAUGAUCCUGUUGGGCGGUGUUCACAAAACGUUUCUCAGUACUUUAAGUUUUAUGUGUUAGCUAUUUUUGUGUUCUAUAUCCCAGUCGCCUUACUCAACUUUAAGUUCUUCUUGGCCGAGUCCGCACUCAACUUCUCAAUUUACUUUUUCGGAGCUAAAUUUGGCCAAUUAACAAAGCGCGUCGACCCGUUUUAUAAAGCUCUUGUCUAUUGCCUGGUCCUAAUUUUGUUCACCUACCCAACAAAAGACUUCAUCGUGUGGUGUUUUACAGCCGCUUCUAUAUCAGGCUCUUACCUCCACGCACUGACGAGAAAGGCGGAAAAUGAAACGACUGACUUAGAGUUUGAGUAUGUCGACUGA